AUGGAUGAAGCAGAAAUGCUUGGCAGUCUAUCUUCUCCCAGGUCACUGGAUAAUAGCCCUUCAGUUGCUUCGCCUACAGCUCCUCUCUUCCAACUCUUGCAUCAACUAGCGGCAUCUCCAGAGUUUGCUCAUUCUACGGGCAAUAUUCAGCAGCUUACUCAACAACCCAGCCAUGUGAUUAUUUCGCGUCAAACUACCACAAAUGCUAACUCCGAUCAGACGUGUUCAUGUUCGCAAGUACCCGCCACGACACCUGCCCCGGCAGUAUCUAGUCCAACUUCGAGUAGCCCUAUUCCUGAUAUGAUACCAUUUGGCAUCCCUGGAAGUGGUCGCUCUUCUUUCGACACAAGCCCCCCCUUCCAACCUCAAUUUCAGCCGACACUGCAACCACAGCUCCAGCCACAAUUUCAACAACAGUCCCAGCCCCAAUUACCGGCAUUUUCAUUUCAACCUCGUACAAGCCUCCCUGUUUCGGCGCUACAAGCCUCGACUCCAAUGGCAAGUCCCACGAUUGCAAAUGAUUUCAUCUCCUCACCUUCAAUUAUGCCUGCCAUUAUAGUGCCGCAGAAACAAUUCGAAGUUUACCCUUAUUCCGGAUACGGCUACAGCCUUGCCACGGGAAUCCCAAGCUCCCUUAUGGGUCAUGGAAGUGGGUUUUCAGGUCGAACUAAUUUUGCUCCCGUUGCGACCACUUUCGCAACUGCCUCUGCACCUAUGUCUUCGGCCUUGAGCCUGGGCCCGAUGUCUUUGAAUCCUCCUGGCCCCUCUUCUGCUUUGCUAAUUCCUAUCGACUCGAUUCCUUCAAAUAUGGCAGCAUUAACUCCCUCUACUUUUAUGCCUCGAUCGGGUCUUGAUUUGAGUACGCUUUCACUACCUUCAGACGCUAAUUCUAUGAUACCCAUGCCAUCCGCUUUACCUGACAAUAGCCUGCUAAUGUCUCAAUUCCCGAAUUUCAUCAGACAUAGUGCAUUUCCAUCGGCUGCAACUCCCUCACCAUCCACAACACCUAUGCUAAGCCCAAGGUCCGGGGAUGUCGCGAUUCAGUCUCUACCCUCUACCUCUAGUUCUAGUCAGAUGUCACCAGGAUCAUCUGGGAAUAGUGCUGGAAUGAACAGGGAUGGCGCGACUUCUGGAAGUUUUGGCGAAAUUAUAUCAUCUGAAGAAUUUGGUGGGAUGAGUUCUGGUGCUGGCACGAGUUCUGCCACCACAAUAAUCUCAAUGCUCCCAAAGUCCUUCUUCUCUUUCCCUCAGGUUUCCAAGUUGCCAGCAUCAAAACUGCGUCGGCGCAAAACAUAUAUAUAUGAUCAAAAUUGA